UUUUUUCAAUAAAUUCCAAGCAAAUUUUUAUUAAUUAAAUUCUAAGCAAAAAAGUCCAGUCUGUGAAGAGUUUUUAAGUUGUCUUUAUUAAAAAUUGGUAAAAAGAUUUUUUUCUCAAAUAACCAGCAAACGGCAUUGAAUUUACAGCAGACCUAAACAUGCGUUAAAUCGAUUUUUUCGAUUAUGUCUUCGCCAAUAGACCAAUUAAAACCUGUAAUUAAUAAAACUGGUCAAAUUUUGAUUGAAGAUGUCCAAGAAUUAGUUCUGUGCAAACCCCGGCUGAUUCCUCUCAAAAGUUUCACAUUGGAGAAACUGGAGAAAAUGCAAAAAGAAGCACAAAUUAUUAAGAAACAGUCUUCGAGUGAAAACAAGUCAGAUUAGCUUCAAAGUUACACGAAUCUGUUGUACAUUUAAUUAAAAAUUAGGCAAGGAAAAUGAGUUAUGCACCAUUAAUUUCGAAAAUCUUAUUAUCUUUCUUCAUAUCUUCGACUGUAUUAUACAGAUAUGGCGAUUGGUUUAGGCAUCGUAUAUUUGUGACACUCACAGUCCUAUUGGCAUGGUUUUGUAGUUUUCUUAUUAUAUUUGCACUACCUUUGGAUAUUACAUCGACUGUAUAUAGACAACAAAACCAAAAUCACACCUCAGUUGAUAUAUUUAAAAAUACUACCACUGAAGAUGAACCUUGGAGCAAUUUACCAGAAAGGGUUUUCGUAAAUUUAUGGAGAACAGUUUAUUGGAGUACCCAGUUUUUAACAUGGUUGAUUAUGCCAAUGAUGCAAUCCUACAUCAAAGCUGGAGAUUUUACAGUUAAAGGAAAAUUGAAAUCUGCCCUGGUUGAUAAUGCAAUAUAUUACGGUUCAUAUCUGCUUAUUUGUAGUGUUCUGCUUAUUUAUUUAGCCUUAAAACCUGGAAUCGAUUUAGACUGGAGUAAACUGAAAGCAAUCGCAUCUUCUGCCAGUAACACUUGGGGCUUAUUUCUCCUCGUUCUUUUGUUAGGUUAUUCCUUAGUGGAAGCUCCAAGAAACUUUUGGAAUAAUUCAAAUUCUAGCUUUAAGCUAACUCAAUAUUAUUUUAAAGCAGCCAAGCUCAGUUCAGACAAAUGCGAAGCUGAGGAAACUGUAGACGAUGUUCUAGAGUCUCUACAAGCUAUGUCUAUGGCAAUCAGGCCUGGCCAUUAUUUGCAAAGUCCAUUGGAAACUAUAUUGCAAAAAGUUCCAGUUGAAUUGAAAGAAAGAAUGAACCGUAGGCAAAUACCCGAAGAUAUACCUCAUGAUUCGCCCACUGAAAAAUCUUUAAUAAGAUUACAUAGAGAGACAAUCAAAUCGCUGCAAGUGUUGCAAAGGACAGAAACUCAGUGGAAUUUGUUGCUAGAAAAAAUAUUCGAAUGUGAAGAUACCUUGAAAAAUCAAAUAUCGAGAGAUAAACGUUUCAAGCGCACUUUUCCAAAGGAAACUUCAUGGUGGUCUGAGUUUAUUUAUACUCCAAUUUUUGAAUGGUACUGGAUAUGUUUAAUAUCUCCCUACUUCUGGAAGUGUAUGGCGAUAGUGACAGGCAUAAUGUCUUUUUCCAUUGUAUGGUCGGAAGUAACAUUUUUCUCUGUCAAGCCACCCUUAUCAAUUUUUGCUGUAAUAGUAAACGCUGCCAAGGCUAAUUAUGACUAUUUUAUGAUCGAGGUCCUCUCAACGUUCAUUAUACUGUACCUCUCUUUCUGUGCUUAUUCGACAGUACUUAAAAUCAAAUUGCUCAAUUUAUACUACUUAGCGCCACAUCAUCAAACCAACGAACAUAGUAUCAUAUUUUCUGGAAUGAUGUUCAGUAGACUGACUCCGGCAUUGUGUCUUAAUUUUUUGGGGCUCAUCCACAUGGAUAGCCACGUUAUUCAUAGUCAGAUUAAUGAAACUUCUUAUACACAAAUCAUGGGCCAUAUGGACGUUAUCGGUAUAAUCUCCCAUGGUUUUAAUAUUUAUUUUCCAAUGGCUAUAUUAGUAUUUUGUCUAGCGACUUACUUUAGCCUUGGAGCAAGAUUUUUAUCAAUGUUAGGAUUUCAUCAGUUUGUUGGGGACGAAGAAAUGACUACUGAUUUGGUCGAGGAAGGCAGAGAACUUAUUAAAAGAGAAAAGCGUAAAAGACAACGGUCAGAAGAAUCUUCCAAUAGGAGAAAGGAGUUUCAAGAGAGAUAUCCAACUACUACUGGCAGAGUGAGACAAAAUAAUUUGAAUGAUUUGGGUCGACCUAUGCAGCAAUUAGAAAGCAGCAGAAUCAGAGAUUCAUAUAAUCUAGACACUUAUAAUGGAACCAGUUAUACAAACGAUGAAGUAGACACCACAUUCCCUCCAGUAGAGGAUGAGAUUGACCAAAGGUUUGGCGCAAGCACAGGUUUGGGUACUAGAAAUGCUCAUAAUUCGGACACAAGAUUUUCUGACGGUUACCAAUCAGAUAAUAGAAGAGUUGGUGCUCCGCCUAGAGGCAUAUUCGAUGACGUCUAAACUGACAUCUUUGUUAAUCAUUUGAAAGAAUUUUAAUGGCUGUUAAUAUACAUACAUAUUUUUAAAUAGAGAAAUAAAUCUCUUUACAAGUUCAAGUAAAUUUUGGGCUAGUCACUCGAUGGAAUAAAUUGUUUGAACUUAUGGAGUUAAUUCAUUCAUAUAAUGAUAAAAAGAAACUGCUUAGAUCUAGUUUAAUUGCAAAUUUUUAUUUAAAAAAUAAAAUUUAGCUUGAUUUGAAAAUAUACAUUUCUUCGCUUGUAAUUUUAGAAAUAUUGUUUCUCAUCCAAUGAUUUGGGUGGUGGAAAUUGCUUUGGUACACGGAUUUUUGCUUAUUUGUGCUAAACCUCCACUAAAUCAUUUGAUAGUAUUGUCUGAAUUAAUAUUUCCACAUUUUUGGUAUUUGUUAUUAUUUAUUCUAUUUUUGCCAUAUUUAUUCUAGAUUAGGUAUUAUUAUUUUAACUUCAACAUUCCUUCGGUAUUUUUCCUUAUAGUGUUAAUAACA